AUGGCCGAUCCUGUGGCUGAUUUUCUUGCACGAGAACAAGAUCUGCUUGCUGAAAUCGAAGGAGCACCAGCUCCUGCUGCUGCAGCCAUAAAUCCUCCAAUUCCUGCUCCUCCUGCUGGACGAGAUGACGAUGAAGAGCAAAUUGCAGACGAUUUUGGUGGUUUGAUGGGACCUCCAUCGGUUGGAGGAGGAGAUUCAGGCGUUGAUCUUGCUGGUAUGGAUUACCAGGCAACUCCACCAGUGCCAUUGGUUAAUGGAACUGGAGUGAACAGUCAUCAGUCAGCUGCAAGUUCAAAAGGAGCUUCUCCUGUUCCUACUGUGCCACGUAUCGAGGCUGAGAACAUUCGCAGAUGGCGUGAACAACAAAAAAUCCUUCUCGAGAAGAAAGAUGAGGCAGAAGAAAAGAAGAAGAAUGAGCUUCGUAACAUAGCAAAGAAAGAGUUGGAAGAGUGGUACAAGCAACGGGAAGCAGCCCUUAAGCUAACAAAGGAAGCUAACAGGUAA